CGGGCGGCUGGAAUCUUUAGCGGCAGAGAAGCGAGGUUCCUCACACGGGGAGGAGAAGGACGCCAGAAAUGAAAAAAGUACCAAUCCGUUACCUUCCUUCGCUAAAGAUGGACAGACGGCACUUUUUUCUCCCCGACUACUUCGUGUGGUGCAGCUAAAGAUGAAGUGCAUAUCGACUCAGUCCGAUCAAUAAAACCUCCCGAUCAACAGCUUUUCGAAUCAGAUUUGAAAUCGAGGCUCAAAUUAAAGGCUUUAUCUCGGAGGAAGAUCAGCCGAGAAAACAAACUCGCCGCACGGUCCAUUGAGUAGCUGUUUCUGAGGCUUUCAGUCGCAGCGCAGGAGCUUCAGAGGAACGCAGUCUCCCAGGCUCCACUACCGUGUCCGGACUGGUGAUGAUCGGCGUCGGGUUUUCCUCCAUCGACGGCAACGUACCGGUCGCUGAGCUGUUUGACCAGUUGUCCAGUAGCGAUGGCCUAGUGGUCCUGCAGGUCUUUGGUCCAAUCACAGUGGUUCUGUCUGUUAUGGGCAUCUGUGCUGCAUCUUUGGACCUGAAACCUCUGCUGCUGGUGUUCUCGGCUCUGAUAUUCAUGGAGUUUGUGGCUCUGAUGGUCGUCGCCUCACCGCUGGUUCAGGUUCAAGCUCAGAUGGACGGCGCCGUGGACGAGGUGUUCCUGAACGUGACUCCCCUUCACAGAGCGGAGCGCUACGUCCAGAGCGAACUGAACAAACUCCAGGCCUCAGGCUCCUGUUGUGGUUUGAGGGGUUUUGAAGACUGGGAGACUCAACUUCCGGUCUCCUGCUCCUGCACGCCCCCCCCUCCGACCGCCUCGAACCUGCAACCGAGGAACUCCAGCUCAGAGGGGCCCUGCGUGACCGUAGGCGGUAACCUUAACCCUCCGACCCCACAGGUCUCAGAUAUAAUAUGGGUUCACUCCAAGCCCUGUGGUCCCAUCUUGAAGAGCUACCUGAGCUUCCCCAUCAAACUCAGGAUAGGAAUCAUCUCGGCCGUUGCCACCAUUACGAUGGCGGCCAUCGCUCUGUGCCUGGCAUUGGGUCUGGAGGAAUACUGGAAGACGCCGCCGGUAGAAACCACAGUCGACGACUACAACAGGGUGAAAUACCAACCCAAACCCUCCCUCACCUGACUUCACACCCCUGACCCCUCGCCCAAAACCGAGGCCUCGGCACAUAGGGCCGGUGAAGAUCGCAAGAAUUCAUCCGGGUUUUCCAAAACAGCUUAUUUAUGUUUGACAAAGCAGUGGCUUAUAUCUGUGACUAUUGUAUGUAAUCAUAAGAGAAUUUCUAAAGACGCUGCCAACUCGUACCACACACAGCAAAGAGCACGGCCUCACCGCCCCGGGCUUUCUGUCAGUCCGAGGUGGACAAGAACCGAACGGGGCCGCCCGCCUCGCCCUUCCCCUGUUUCACCGGCGCCAGGUUUUUAACCAGGCUCUGAGCUGGGAAGGGGUCCGGAAACCGCAGAACAUGCCGGUGUUGAGAAGAGCUCGGAAAAGUUCUCGUCUCCGCUUUCGAACAGAUGUUUGAAAACUUUAUCCAGUGGUGGUGUUUAAUAUGUGAUUUCGUUUGGAGAAUCAGCAGCUGGACCAGCAGCUGGAGCAGAGGACUCCUCUGGGAGACCUCUCCUCUUCUAAACCCAGCUGAGGACUGCUGGGACAAGGACCUUUAUCCUAAUUAGGAGAAACGGCUGCUGGUUGUGAUGGAAUGGUCGGCUCUUGUAUUUGAAAUUUGCUUUACAGAUAAACGUUUUCUCCUGUUUCCUCAAACGCAUCAGUGCAUUUUUUUUUUGUGUGGUCUUUAGCUGUAGUUUCCUCCCGCAGCCACAAGAUGUCAGUAAUGUGAUGCAAUAACAAACUGUGCGGCAGGUCAGGGUGUGUUUCUACUGUUUCUAGUUUCAGCUUCGGUCACUUAAAGCUGCAGUUGUAAACAUCUCGAGGAUGAAAUGACUUCAUUCUGCAGGGAACACUCUCUUAUUACAGUGCACAGCAUUAAGGCUAUACACACACCGAGCGCUUUAUCAGGAACACCACACUAAUACCGGGUGGUUCCUCCCCUUCGCUCUCAAAACAGCCUCGGGUCUUUGUGGUCUGGAUUCCUCAAGAUGGUGAAAACUCUCCUCUGAGGUUCUGGCUCAUGUUGACCCGAUUGCAUCACAUCAUUUCUGCAGAUUUGUCAGUCUCCUGUUCUACCACAUCCCAGAGGUGUUCUACUGGAUUCGGGGUCUGGAUCCAGUAGAUCCAGACCCUGGGGAGGCCACCGGAGUCCACUGGACUCACGGUCGUGUUCACGAAGCCGGUUUGAGACGACUUUUGCUCGGUGACAUGGAGCAUUAUCCUGCAGGAAGUAGCCGUUAGAAGAUGGUGAACUGUGGCCAUGAAGUGAAGCACAUGGUCGGUAACGACACUCAGACAGGCUGAGGCCUUCAAACCAUGACUGACUGGUACUAAGGAGCCCAAAGUGGAGCCAAGAAAACCUCCCUGCACCAUGAAACCACCAGCAGCAGCCUGGACUGUUGACGCGAGGCGGGUCGGGUCCAUGGAUUCCUGCUUCUGAUGCCAGAUCCCGAUCCUAACAUCUGCUGCCUCUGUUUAUUUGUGUGUUUUUCCAGUCGAGCAUUGUCAGCAAAAUGUAAGUAUUUGCUGCGCAGUAAACUCUCCCCUGGGAUGACUGCUGGAGCAUGAAACCGACGAUUUUUAAAAUAUUUUUCUUAUUGCCAUCAAAUCUCAUUAGAAGACCAAAAUCAACAAUGAACGUCUCGGGCAAACAAGCGCUGUGUGUGUAUCCUAAGCCUGGAAUGCCUUCGGUG